UUGACAAUUCGCCAACUUGACUCUUUGGCAGAUGGAGAUUUCGUGAUGGAUUGAAUAAAAAUAUUGAAAUAUAAACAGAAACAUCCAAUUUUACGGCCUAAAAACGGUUCCUAAAUUACGAGAGCGUCUCCAGAACUGUAUAUUUAGUGUUGUUUAUUUAUAAAAUGGCUUCAAGAGGUGGUAUUAUGGUUACUGGGACGAACGGUGCGGAUUACGAACAUAGGGAAAAAAUAGCAGCUCAGUAUCAAAUAAGUGCACUAAACAAGUCCCGCCUCAAGUACUGUGUGUUCUUCCACCACAUGCUGUUCAUGGUGAUGCUGGCCAAGCUGUCCGCAGACAUCCUGGACAAGCUGGACAUAUUCAUUUUGGAGAUUGAGGAGCUGCAGAUACCACAGCCUCUAUGGUGGGAGUACCUCUGGUGUCUCUCUCUAGUGCUGUCCUUCCUUGGCCUUUCCGCAAUCAAACGCAACAACAUACGCUACAUGCGCCAUUAUUUAUACGGCAUUACCGCACUAGGGCUUGGCCCGUUACUCUACUGUGUUAUAUACUACUGCGGUGACGUUUAUACGUAUCUGACGUUUGACGAGGACGAAGACGACGAAGAGGAGAUUCAGUUGUGGCAGGGCUACCCCUAUGGACUCCUGUGGUACGCGUUCGUGCUUCUAGCAUCACAAGUACACUUUUUCCAACUAUACUUUGGCUACAACUUGCUCAAAGCGUGGCGGGCACGAGGCACGUACCGGAAAACAGACUAAACGCUAC